GUACUCCACGUUGUGGCCGUGGCGACGCUGGUUCGAUUCCAGCAGCAGGCAACUCUUUUACUCCAGCUUCAUCUGACAAAAUUACCAUAAAUCAGAACGAAAGUUGUCAAUGACUAAAAAAAACGUUGACGAAGCGCUAAUGUUUCCAGGUGACUGAUUUUUGAGAAAAGAAGUUUUUUUUCGAAAUGAAAGAAGCUGUCGAUAUAUUUACCUUUAGUAUUAUAAAAUUCUUAGAACCUUAAUUUAGUAUUAUCUUCAGCUAAUUAUACAUAAUUUGUUGAGAAAGUACAUCCCACGCGUUCUCAUAAAUUAAUACAUUCUCAGUAACAUUUUCUAUUAAUUUCCUAUAACAUUCUCCCGGAACUAUAGUGUCUAGAAAGCCUAUAAUCAAUAAUACCAGUCUAAAGAAACAAUGACGCCUGUAACUUUUGCAAAUAUCAAAACUGUGAUUCAAUUUAUUUCCGUUUUUAUUUCAAUAUUCAUCAAUGCUCUCUCCAUCUACCUUAUCGUCACAAAAUCUCCAAAAAUCAUGGGAACAUAUCGGCACUUGAUGAUUUAUUUCUGCGGUUGCUCCAUGGUCUUUUCUGUACUGGAUGUGAUUGUUCAACCGAGCAUUGAAACCUACAAAAGUGCGUUCCUAAUGGUUGUUGAUGUCAAAAACCGAUCUUUAAAUUCCUGGUCAGCAGUAUUAUUUAUGAAUCUUCUUUGCGGUUGUAUCGGAGUCACUGUAUAUGGAAUUGCUAUUCAUUUUAUUUAUCGGUUAUUAGCGCUAGAAAGAAAAGGCCGACUCCGGUAUUUCAAUUGCCAAUACCUACCCAUUUGGUUUAGCAUUCCGAUUCUCGCUGGAACAAUAUGGUACAUUGUGACUGAAAAUAUUUUUGGAAUGAACCCAGUAAAUACGGAGUAUAUCAGAAACCCCGUUAAAGACUCUUUCAACAUGAAAAUGGAGGAUUGCGUGUACGGUGCAGCUGUAUUCUAUCCAAUUGAUAAAAAUGGUAUCAAAACUAUCAGUUGGAUCUCAUUUUUUGGAUUAGGGUGUUACUUAACACUUCUAACAAUUCCAUUUAUUUCAAUCUUGGUUGCUGGAGCAAAAAGUUGGAAUCAUGUUCAAAAACUGCUCGAACAUGGAGAAUCCGAGUUUGCCAGGAAUUUGCAGAUGCAAUUGUACAAGGCCUUAAUAGCUCAGACUCUUAUCCCAGUGGUAUUCUUCUUCACACCAUUUGGUUGUGUAUUUGUACUUCCUGCAUUUGAAAUUGAAUGUCAAUUUAUGUCAGCUCCCAUCACAUUGGUUUUUGCAAUUUAUCCCGCAAUCGAUCCUUUACCCAAUUUGUUUUUUGUGGACUACUACAGGAAUCCUAUAUCAAAUUUUCUCCGCAAAGUUUGGUGCAGAAAGCCUAAAGUCGAAGCCGCGACAAUUAAUUCUACAUUGUGAAUAUUUUAAAAAGUACUGUUUUAAUAAAAUUUUGUUUUAAAUAUUC